AGCGAACCUUGCGACAUACACAGUCGGGGUUUCGGUGUGUGUGCGCGUGAAUGUGGAAAAUUGGUGCUGGCUGAAAAAUCGACAGAUUUUUCCAUCGUUCCUCUGCUGGCGAAUGUGCUAAUUUCUUACUCGUCGCGAUUCGAAAAUUGAUAUUUCGUGGAAACUAGUGUCCGUCGUCGAGGGAGCGUUCGCGUCCGCGAAGGAGUGAUCCUGUGUCCAAUCCUGCCCGGGUCUGCUCCGGUGCCCCACAAGAGCAGGAUGGCCGACGCGGAUUUCGAAGAAUUUCGCCAAAACUUGGAUAAACUGCCCUCGUACAGCAAGACUCCGGCCCCAUUCUAUUCACUCGUUCCGGACGUGGACCUAGAUGAGGACACGCCAUCAACGAAAAGCAGCGAUGGCUCGGACCACGAGGAUCUGAUGAGCGAAGCGGAUUCGGUGCUUAAGGCAACUCCCAGCAAGACGCAACAAAUCAUCCAAACCAUCUCCACUAUCAGCACCAGUAGCAGUAGCAGCGCCGCCGAGGAUGAUGAAAUCGGCGAUGGACUCAAGACUACGGCCAUCAAGGCUCAGAUGAAGACGACGGAAUCACACUUGCACGAGAGCUCUCAGGAUAAUCAGCUGGCGACAAUGCAAUUGGCAUUAUGCAAUACAACUUCGGCUCAGUUGGCUAGGACCAGUUCGCUACCGUGGAUUCCCGGGCAGGUCGAACGACGACGGCGUAAGCUACCAGAAAUACCUAAGAAUAAGAAAUCUUCCGUACUGCAGCUAUUGUCAUCCGGGCAAACGUCGCUGGCCGAUGAACUGAAUGCGACCUCCAAGAAACCCAACCCUCAGCACACAUUCCUGAAGCAAAAUUCUCUGUUGGCCCUAAAAUGCAGCUACCUGCUAGAUGAAGACUCCAGUCCGGACUCGGAACGGCUUCAGAGCCUCGGUGACGUGGACAGUGGCCACAGCACGGCGCAUUCCCCCAAUGAUUUCAAGAGCAUGUCCCCACAGGCUCCGCAGGCAGCUUCCCCCGUCACAUCGCCCUUCCCGCCUCCUUACGGUGGAGUCCCGUUCAGUCAGCUGGAGAUGCUGGAAGCGACCCACCGAGGGCUGCACAAAUUCAUCCCAAGGCACCACGAUGAGAUCGAGAUCGAGAUUGGGGAUCCCAUCUACGUUCAGAAGGAGGCGGAGGAUUUGUGGUGCGAAGGCGUUAAUCUGCGAACCGGUCGGCAGGGUAUCUUUCCAUCGGCCUACGCCGUCGACUUGGACUACAAUGACUUCGAUCCAUCGACGGUGGAGAUGAAACGGGAGCGCUAUCUGUUGGGUUAUUUAGGUUCGGUGGAAACGUUGGCCCACAAGGGCACCGGGGUGGUCUGUCAGGCUGUGAGGAAAAUUGUCGGGGACGGAAGUGAAUCACCAAAGGCACAAGCUUGUAUAUUGGAGAUUUCCGAUCAGGGUUUGAGAAUGGUGGAUCGGUCGAGGAAUAAGAGAGAUAAACGGCCAUGCAUCGACUACUUCUACUCGCUGAAGAAUGUGUCGUUUUGUGCGUUUCAUCCACGGGACCACCGAUAUAUUGGGUUUAUUACCAAACAUCCGACGGUACAGCGUUUCGCAUGUCACGUGUUCCAGGGGACGGAAUCGACGAGACCAGUCGCCGAGGCCGUUGGGAGAGCAUUUCAACGAUUCUAUCAGAAGUUUAUAGAAACUGCAUAUCCAAUCGAGGACAUCUACAUAGAGUAAGCGGCAAGAUUACGGAAGUCUUGGAGCGAAAAAAAAGAGCAACACACAAGAGUACUAUUGAACCAAAGAGUAUUGUAAUCUCAUUCGUGGAAGAAAAGCAUUAAACAGAGUUUUUGGCGUAUAUAGUUUCCUUUUGAUAAUGAAGCAUUUAACGAAGCAAAAAUGAGCAGAGUAUAUAUGUUAGAGCAAAAUCGCGCUUGGCGCUAGUCACGUUAAUAGAAAACUUUCCGAUCUUUCUCUUCGCUAUCCAAUGUUUCCGAAGUUUAUCAAUUUUAAAAUGGGAUGACAUUUAGAAGUUCGGUCAGAAUUAGGGCAAGGAGAUUCUUCCAAGGAGAAGUUGUUCGAUUCAAUCACAUUUAUGAUCAUAUUUCAUAAGAUCGUCAUGUUCUGACACUCAUUUCAGUAAUCGAUAUCAUUUCCUUCAAUCAUAGCCAAACAUGUUCGAGCAACUUUCACGAUCAAUCUACUAGUGGUGCUAGAACGACGUAGUACUAGAACAAUGCUCAUUUAUUUGUUUUUUUUCACUAUUGAAAACAAAAUCAUUAUCUCGAAGAUAGGCCACACAACAAUAAGGCACGCAUCCUUUGUACUCUCAAACAAUGGUUGAUUGUGAGGAUAAUUGUUUCUGUACAUACUAGACUAAAUUUGUAAAGCUGGAAGAUGUAUUUUUAUGGCGCAGGUUGAGAAGGACAGUAGCAGUUAUAUACAUAAAAAGCAAGAUACUCAAAUACAAAAUACAAAAACACAAGCAUGUUGAACAGUUGCCUAAGGUCUUCUAGGGACAAAGUAAAAGGAAUGGACUGACGGUUCUUUGACGCUGUGCAAUCCACCUCUGAAUAAUCAAACAUUAGCAUUCCAAUGAGCAUCAUAUGUAGCAGAUCAAAAGUUUUGUAAAAUGUUCGAAAAAGCUUUUAUUUUCAUCUAGGUUUAAUUUGAAACUACGCUUUGCAGGACGCUUUUGUUUAUUCGUUGUCAUUGGUCUUCGAGUUCUUUACUGCCACAAUUGCACGUGCUUGAGAGUUAGUAACAUUGUUCGAAAGAGUUGCGUAAUUGUAAUAGAAUGAGAAAUAGGCAGGAUCAGAACGAGUAAGAAGUGACCGUGGAAAGGCAUCAAAGCGUAAGAAUAGUUAAAUAAUAAAUAUUUCAUAAUACUCCGAGCAAAUGUUAUCAUCAUAUAUAAUCCAAACAAAAUCUGCAAAAUUAGGCAGCGGUAUCAAACAAAAUCAUGCAAAUUCAUUCUGAAAGUUGAUAAUGGCGAAGAAUACUGAAAAUUGUUAUGUAUAAAAAAUGCUUUAUAAUUUGAAUUAAAACAUAACGACAUCAAAUUCAAAAACAUUGAGAUUAAGUAUUACAUAACCAGUGAAAAUUUAUAUUAUUUGAGUACUUAAUGUCGGAUGAAAGAAACUAAUCAAUACAUCAUAUAAUAAACAAAUCCAAAACAAUGGAUGAAUCUGAUUCUAUCGAUUCUCACCUACAAUAAACUAACAUUCUCACCAGAAAAUGGAAACAAGUUUGCUACUUCACUGCAAAAACAAUUUUUCAAUAGUUGACACUAGACACACAAACCAGAAGCAUCUUAAAUAGUUCUCUUUUUCGAACAAUAAUGAAAACCCUAUACACUCCUGCAAAACUACUGAAAAAUGUCAGUCAGAAAUGACUUGUACGGAAACAUAGGAAAAAAAAUCCUCUGAUGCAAUAAUGGAUAACUACAUACCAGCAAAUAUGCAAACACCCAGAAACAUCAGCAGCCCCAUUAUGAACAGUACUACUGAGUAAUAAAACAAAAUUUGAAAAUGAAA